AUGAUAAGUGGACAAGCUGUUGAAACUUUUUCUGAUUCAAUCGGAGUGAAUUUUCUUCCCAGAGAAAUUGUCUUUGAAAUUUUACAGUAUUGCAAUUGUAUUGAUAUGAUUCUUGCGUGCAGUAAAGUUUGUUGUGAGUGGAGAGAAGUGUCAUUUGUAUUGAUUUCGGAUCAGUGUAAAGAUUUGAUCAAGAAAUUCAAGAUUAAAUUAUUGAAUGAUUCUGAUAGAAGUAAUUUAGUCAGAUAUUUAAUAAGAAGGGAGGUAUUGAAUCUUGCUCGCAAGACUAUUUCAAAAUUCAACCAAAAUUCAAUUGGAAAUUAUUUUGAAAAUAGAGAGACGGAAAUUACACAAUUGAAAGGUUACUUUUCACAAUUUACAGAUUUGCCAAACAAGCUGGAAAAUUCAACUAUCAAACCAGAAAAACAAGAGAAGGUAGAAUCUGAUAGUAGUAAUCAAUUAUUUGGGGCCUUCUCUCGAUUUGUUUCAAGUUUCUUUUCAGAUUCCAGAAUUGAUUCAUCUACAAAUGAGAUACCUUUUAAAAGGAGAAUUGUAAAAGUUUUAAUGAAAGGAGCUCUCCUAUCUGGAAAGACAUCAUUUAUUAAGUGUUCAAUAAUGAAAAGACCUGUCGAUGGAACUAUUCGAAAUUCAAUUCUGCCAGAUUUUGGCAUGGUAGAGAGGCAGCUGGACAAUGAUUUGAGAAUUACAACUCAAUUAUGGGAUGAACAUCGAUACAACAAACCAACAGAAUUUUCCAACGUGUUUGCUGUCAUAUUAACCAUCGAUCCAUAUAAUGUUAUAACCCUUAAUGAAUUGAAAACUUUUAUUGAGCCAAUCAAAGAGAAACUGAAUUCGACCAUUGAAGUAAUACUAGUACAGACCAAGAAGGAUUUACAAAAUGAACGAAAUGAAAGAGUAAGAUAUCUUUCAGAAGAACCAUUCGAACAAUUUUCCUUUAGAAAUUUCAGAGGUGGUUUAUCACACAAUAUUUCCAACACUAACAUUGAAGAACCAUCUCUGAUUCUUUGGUAUUGUACCCUAUUGAAUUAUCUCAUGAUGCCAUAA